AUGAACACAGUCGAAGAAGGCGCAAUAGCGCAUGAGAAAGAGCAUAGGAAUAUUCACGGAGAUAUGGAUGUCGAGAAGGGUAGGGGUGAUGAGGAGCUGGACUCCCGUGGCACUGGACUGUCUAGGAAGAGAGAAGAAGAGAGUCUACCGCCACUGAAGGGACUCUCGUUUCUAGAUCGAUUUCUGGUACUAUGGAUUCUCGUUGCUAUGGGUAUUGGCAUUGCCAUCGGAAAUACAGUUGACUCUGCGGGACCUGCGUUACAGAAGGGCGAGUUUGUAGGCGUUAGUAUACCGAUCGCAAUUGGCCUCCUCGUCAUGAUGUACCCUAUUUUGUGCAAGGUCCGCUACGAAACGCUGCAUCUCCUCCUCUCCCACAAAGCCCUCUGGAUACAAAUCGGCAUCUCCUUCGUCCUGAAUUGGAUCAUCGCACCGCUCUUCAUGGUCGGCCUAGCGUGGGCAUUCCUCCCGGACCGCCAGGAUUUGAGGGAGGGAUUGAUCUUCGUCGGUGUUGCACGCUGCAUCGCCAUGGUGCUCAUCUGGACAGACUUGGCCAAAGGAGAUGGAGACUACUGCGCAGUGCUCGUGGCCUUCAACUCGAUACUCCAGAUUGUCCUCUUUGCACCGCUGGCCAUCUUCUAUGUGCAGGUUGUCAGUCAUGGCGAAAAGACAAACGUCUCGUACGAAAAGGUCGCGCAAAGUGUGGCUGUGUUCUUGGGGAUACCGCUCGGUGCAGCAGUCCUCACACGACUGGCGUUGAGAGCCGUCAUUGGAGAGGAACGAUACCAGCGACGCUUUCUCCGAUACAUUGGACCCCUCUCCCUAAUCGGCCUACUGUACACGAUCAUUAUCCUGUUCGCCAGUCAGGGCGCGCAUGUUGUCAGGCAGAUCACCGACGUUCUGAGGGUAUGCGCACCACUCCUGGUGUACUUCCUUGUUCUCUUCUCGGCCACCGUCUGGUUCUGCUACAAGAUGGGUUUCGAGUACAAGCUCAGCUGUGUCCAAGGCUUCACGGCUGCCAGCAAUAACUUUGAACUUGCUAUCGCAGUUGUUGUAGCGGUGUAUGGCGCCUCGAGCGGACAGGCGUUGGCGAGUACAGUUGGUCCGCUGAUUGAAGUGCCGGUGCUGGUAGUCCUAGUGUAUGUUCUCCAGUGGUUAAGAAAGCGAUGGCAGUGGGCCUGA